AAAUUAGCCUCAUUUAAGUAAUAUUUAAAGUUUGUUCACCUCCAUGAAAACAUCUAAACAUUGGAGAAUGUAUAUCUCAUCCCAUGUAUUACUAUUGAUUUUUUCUCUUUUGUCUCAAGGGCCUUUGCUUUCUGUUUCAAAGUCUAUGCGAAAAGCAGAAGAUAAUAUGCUGCUAAGCACAUUCAGCCUUGGAAAGAUAACACAGAAAGGUGACAAAGCUGGAAAGUCUCUGCCUGCAUCUUCUUUUGAGCAUUAUAAAAUGGAGGACAGCAGUUUUCUGGAUGAAGACCGUAAUCCACAUUUCUCAAAUAUAGGUUAUAAACAUCAUGUCAUAAACUACGGCCAGCCACAGAGCUUAAGUGUUAACAAGCUUCCUUAUUUUGAAUUGGAGGGACCUAUGACUUUUCCAUCAAAUGCUGAGGUUGAAAAUAUUGAAUCAAUACAAGAACGGCGUGAGACAGGAAGUGAUGAAAACUCAGCUAACUUGCCUAUCGGAAGAAGAGAUUUUGAUAUGCUCAGAUGUAUGCUGGGAAGAGUGUAUCGACCUUGUUGGCAAGCCUAAAACGACCCUGAAGUGCAUCACUUGGAAGAGACAAACCCUU